AUGGUUCGAUUAAGAGGACGAGGAGACACCUCAAAAGGGAGAGGUGAACCUUCUUGGGGCCGAGGCAAAAGUGCCUUGUCCCUUGGCCAACAAAAGACAAUAAGAAAGAAAGCAUCAACUGACAGAGGGAGAGGUGCAGACCUUUCCGAGACUAGCUCAUAUAUCCCGUCAAGGGAAGUAUCGGAGGGCAACUCAUCCUCUGUUCAGGAGCAGUCGGCCAUACAAUCGAGGCCGCAAGGGAGAUACCAGCUCAAGAACGGGCCACCUUCAUCUCACACCACUUUCGAGGGAUCGGAGAGUUCUAAUCAGGUUUCUGAGCCAUCGGCUACACCACUCCCUGAGGCACAGGUUUUUGCAUCGGUUCAUGAUAACCCGGAUGAUGGUAGAGGGGGAGAUGCUACAGCUCCCGGCCUUGAAAGAUCAAGGAAAAAAGAGGUUGGGAGGACCUCUUUGUCUGCCUGGAUGCCUUCACCAGCUUCCGUAGAGCCGAGGGAUUAUGACACAAAGGUGAGGCCGAAUAAGACUUCUACUUGGUACUCACUGAUAGAUGCGAGCGACCCGAAGAAGAAAGUUCAGCCUCCUACCACCAUAGGCCAGUCUGAUGAGCCAGCAGUGGUAGCUCCUGAGACAGUUGAUGUUCUAUCCAUUUCGGCUGAGCCUUUCUCCAGUGCUGCAGCUAUGCCCCCGCUAUCAUCCACAGCUACAACCACUACCCCCAGAGUUGCUCAAAAGCCCAUUCCCACUGCCCCACUAUUUGCAUUGGGAGUCUCCCAGAUAUUGGCGAGUCUCAAAAACUGGAUGCAGACUGCUACUGUAAAGCUGUCUGACUUGACCAAUACAGUUGCAGCGUAG